AUGGCAACAUCAACUCUGAAUAUCCUUCCGAAAGAACUUUUCGUCCUCAUCCUCUUUCAAAUUCCCGACCUGCAGACUCUCAAAUCGACUGUCCUCACAUCGCGAGCAUGCUAUGCGGCAUAUCAAAUCGUUCGAUCUUCACUGCUCCGUGGUAUUGUUAUGGAACUUUACUCAGAGUCAUUCAGCAUUGCAGAGGCUCUCCUCGCCCUCCGUUCGAAAGGUCUGCGCAGCCAUCAAGAGGAAGUGUUCGCACUGCUGAAUCGCUGGAGACGCAGAGAUGAACUGAAAGAAGUUCCUUCCUCGCCAAAGUCAUGCCUGCCCUCUUUCGAUGAACCGUACACUUUGCAGGAGACUGUUAAUUUGAUCCAUCUACAUCGGCAGCUGGUCUUCUUCCUGGACGAUUAUUCAACAAACAUGCGCCGACCGUACUGGAUCUUUUCCCCCGAGGACUGGCAGAGAUGUCUACCGAUAAAGAUGUUAAACACAGAAAAGGGCCGGUUUAUCAGGGCCUUGUGUCGACUCUACACUUUUGCCAUAUCAUCGUUCCUGCGUACAUCGAGCCCUUUACCAUGCUAUCGGGAUUGGAGAAAGCGGAUCCGUGGUGGACAGGGUCUGAAUUUGAUUGCGACGGCGCUUAUCUCAUUCGGAUUGCCUUCUAUGGAGCGAUGCCUUAUUGGGAACAGCAUGAAAUUCUAUGCGUGGGUGUAUACAUUCAGCGUAGACAUGAUCAAAUCAUUCGUACCCUGA